AUGGACGGACUCAAUGCCUCGGAACAGCGCGAGCUCGCUGCCCGCAUGGAGAGAAAGCAGCUGAAGGAGUUCAUGACCAUGUACUCCAAGCUCGUGCAGAAGUGCUUCGAUGACUGCGUCAACGACUUCACCACCAAGUCCCUGAUCAACCGGGAGGAGAGCUGCGUGAUGCGCUGCGUCGACAAGUACAUGAAGGGCUCGGCCCGGUUGAACGAGCGGUUCCAGGAGCAGAACGCGGCCAUGAUGCAGCAGGGCCAGAUGCCGGGACGGUAA